AGUGACGUAACUUGAUUUCCUCUCCACCCGCGGAAGUAGUACUAAUGGCCGCACAAACAUGGCUUUAUGCAGAAAAUUGAACGGACUAAUGGAUACAUCGCUUAAAUUAAGGUGCAUUGAUUCAAAGUAGCAGUAUAUGACCACGUAGUUUUUACGUUAAAAACCAUAGCCAGCAGGCAGUAAAUUCUAGGAGAUAAGAAAGUGUAAAUCUUCAAGAGCAGCGAGAUUCAAUUUGUCACCUCUCCAGUUCCGACUUUUGACAGGUUGAAUGCACCAUGUCGUUUCCUCUCCCCAAACCUCAGACUCCUCAGCUUCCUCAACAUCUUCUCCGCACCAUCGACUGUCAACAAGGAGCCGUCAGAGCAGUGCGCUUCAAUGUGGAUGGUCAGUACCUGCUCUCCUGCGGUGGUGACAAGUCUCUGAAGCUCUGGAGCGGCAGCCGAGGGACGCUGCUCAAGACGUACAGCGGCCACGGAUAUGAGGUUCUGGAUGCUGACGGGUCAUUUGACAACAGUAAUAUCUGCUCGUGCAGUUCUGACAAGACUGUGAUCCUGUGGGACGUGGCCACGGGUCAGGUGGCUCGAAAACUCCGUGGACACGCCGGGAAAGUCAACUGUGUGCAGUUCAACGAAGAGGCCACCGUCAUUCUGUCUGGCUCCUUAGACGGGACGGUGCGCUGCUGGGACACCAGGUCCCGUAAGAACGAACCCAUCCAAGUUUUGGACGAGGCCCGGGACAGCGUCAGUAGCCUGAAGGUGUCCAAACACGAGAUCCUCACCGGGUCUGUGGACGGCCAAGUGAGACGUUACGACCUGAGGAUGGGACAACUUCACGUGGACUUCCUCAACAGUCCCAUCACAUGUGUAUGCUUCAGUCAGGAUGGCCAGUGCACGCUCAGCUCCAGUCUGGACUCCACAGUCAGAUUGCUGGAUAAGAGCACGGGAGAAAUGCUGGGAGAGUACACUGGACACACGAUGAAGGGAUACAAGCUUGAGUGCUGUCUGUCCAGCAAAGACACUCACGUGCUGAGCUGCUCUGAGGAUGGACAUGUCUACUUCUGGGACUUGGUGGAGGGUUGUUUGUCGCUGAAGCUUCCUGUGGGCAAAGCUGUGGUCCAGUCUUUGUCCUUCCACCCUACGCAGACGCGCCUCCUCACCGCCAGCGAGGGCCGCGUACAAGUGUGGGCGGCCGAGCUGGAAGAUCCCGAUGAAAAUGACAAUGACAAUGUCACCAUGGCAACGUGAUUUACCGCUUUAAAGCAUCUGGACAUUUGCAAUUAUUUUUGUGAAACAGGAUCACUGCUAAGUGAACCAUGAUGAGCCACAAUGGCAGCUUAGCACAGAUGCUAGCAUAGUAGAAGCUUUAUCUGAAAGAUCAAAGAAGACUUGGUGGAAACUUGAACGUUCUUCUACUCGAUCUGAUUGGACGCUCAUGGAUCACAUUGUACACACUUCGUCCAAUGACAAUUUUUUAAAUUU